AUUGGCCAGAAUCCAGCAGGUUCACAGCCAGUGACAUGUCACUGCACUGGGGCUUGGCCACAACCAAAAACAGGUUUUCCAUUUGCCUACUGGGGCAUGGCGGUCAUCAACAGCAGCAGCAUUGGAGCACACAAUCUGCCUGGCUGACCACCGUAACAGCUGCCACUUUCGGGCCGACAGCGCGAGGUCUCAUGGAAAGGAAUGUGAAUUUGCCGAUCGCGCUUGCAGAGUCGGAGUUUGGAUACACACGCUCCUUUAUUGCAAGGCUGCUAGAAAGGGCAAGGUCUUGCAGGCUAUCUCUUUCUACUGAUAUCUAAAGCCGCAAAAAAAGAACAUCGGAG